CGUGAAAUGAACGAAAUCAUCAUCCUGAGCGAGGGCUACUCGAAGUAUGAGGAUGAAGUGGUCCCGCAACCCGACGCCCCGAUGUUGGCCAACUGCACCUGCACCCUGAUCAAAGGCCCCGAUUGCAACGUCAUCGUCGACACGAUGACACCUUGGGACGGCGAUCUGCUUUUGCAGCGACUGCAGGAGCAUCAGCUGCAUCCGGACGACAUCGACUACGUCGUGAGCACACAUGGACAUUCCGACCAUCUGGGGAAUAAUAACCUUUUCCUGCGGGCGAAGAGGCACAUCGUUGGCACUAAUAUUUCCCACCGGAAUCGUUACUACGUCCAUGAUUUCGACGCCGCACCUUUGGCGCUAACGGAUGAUAUCGAAAUUCAGGCCACACCGGGCCACACCAUGUCCUGCGUGACGGUACUGGUAGCAAGAAGCAAUCUGUCCCCCGGCGGACUCCCGGUUGCAAUAGUGGGCGAUCUGUUCGAGCGCCGGCAGGACAUCGAGGACGAACGGGUGUGGCUUGAUGCUGGCAGUGAGGAUGCCCGUGCCCAACGCUUCCAUCGGGCUCGCAUUGCCGGCCUGGCCGAAUGGAUCAUCCCGGGUCACGGUGGACCGUUCCGUGUGGAUGCGACGGUACGUGAAAAGUUAAACCAUCAGGCAACCGAACCAUCGGACAGUGUUAUGUAA